CCUGAUUUCCGGUAUGACAGUAAACUUGGUCCCCCUAGCUUUGAGAAUUCGCUUGGCUGAACACAAUAUAUGGCAUUUGGGGGGAGAACUAGCUUAUUAUUUGAUUACUCAAGAGAGCACUCGAUUCAAAAAGAAGGUGAGGCCGGCAAAAGAAUCUUCGGGGUAGAGAUCUAACUGGACAGAGGACGCGGUAAUAUUCGAUAUAAUGGUCUGAGAAGUCAGUAAUCUAGCUAUCAGUAAAAACAGAUCUUUCUAACAGUUGAAGGACUUUUGAGUAAAUAUCCAAAAUGGCAUUUUUCUCGAGGGGAAAGCUGAGAAUUUACUUGGCCAUCGUGAAUGUCUUAUUCUUCAUUCUGGGUGGAGCUUGUGUAGCGCUCGGGGCGUGGCAGGCGGUGGACAAAGUUUUUAUAUCCGAUGUGAUUGGGUCCGACCUGUAUUCCACGGCGGCGUACCUGCUGAUUUUCUCAGGGUGCGUUCUGGUGAUCAUCAGUUGUGUGGGGUGUGUGGGGACUGUGAUGCAGAACAGGCCCAUCCUGGUCCUGUACAUGAUGACCGUGCUUCUGACCAUAAUUCUGAUGAUUUCCGCCGGGGCAGUAGCAGCCUCUUUUAAGAAUGAGAUUGGCUCGAGCAUGGUGACAAAUAUGAAAAACACAAUUCUUUACAAAUAUGGCAACAACAUACAAAAUAAUGCAGAAAACAAGAGAAUCACUGAAUCAUGGGACACUCUUCAGAAGAUGCUAUCCUGCUGUGCGGUAGAUAACAAGGGCUGGCGGUUAUACAGAGAUUCGCAGUGGUUCAAGCAGGUCAAUCCGUACAACAGUAUCCAGUUGGACCAGAACACCAUCUUUGUACCUUUGUCGUGUUGUGUUCAUCAGGGUACCUACACCUCGGAUGACUGGCUCAGAAAGUGUCAGAGAAAUCCAUUAGGUCCACCGAGAUAUGACAACGAUUUCAGUCAAAACGCCGCUCUUAUCUACGUUGGAUGUAGUGAAGCUGCCAAGACAUUUGUACAGGACAAUAUUGGUUCUCUCAUUGGUUUUGGGUUUGGAUUUGGAUUUACUCUCAUUAUUGGUAUCGUCUUGGCCUUCCUGCUCUACAGAAAUCUUAAUGAACCAUUUGCGCCAGUACCAACGCGAGAGAAGUAAAAUCUCUUUGGGGUUCUAUCCAUGAAUCUACAAUUCCAUUUCAUAUGCAGUAUUUGUGUAAUAUAUCAUAUGAUCAGAAUGUAUAUGUUUGUGUCUAUGUAGAUCCCAGUUAUUUAUAUAGGAAUAUGUGUACCUGUAAAUAAUACACUGUCAUUAAGAUGUUCGGAUGUGUACAUGUUACAUGCUAUGAUUUUAUGUGAAAAUGUUGUCAUCUCACCUGUUUUGUUUUGAGUGAUAUAACUGGUGUGUAUUUUUUUUACCUGGGUGUACAUGUAAAAAAAGGUCGACAAUUUUUGUGUUAUACAAAAUUUUAUGAAAAGUUCUCUGGUGUAAAGAAGAAAAUAAUCAUCUAUUUCAAGAAAAUUUUGCCCUGAAUUUGAUUUGAUGUUUUACAUGUAUAUUUUUACCAUGGAUGAACUUUUUUGUCAUAUUAAAUGUACAUUUCAAUUCUUUGCUGUGAUGUAGAAUCAAUAACAAAAGAUAGCACUGUGUUGUGACAUAGCAUUUCAUGUAUAAGGGAAAAAAAAUAAGACAUGACUCAUGUAUGAAAUGGUAUAAAACCCAAAAAUAUUCGCUAGUCAUAGUUUAAUAUAAAUAUCAGGAAAAAGGUUUUAUUAGGUAUUUUGAAACAUACAUGUACAUAAAUAGGAAAGGAAGUGGGGUUUUUUGUGAAACCAAGAUUGAGAUGUAUUUUAUUUGAUAUGUGACUUAAAAGUCAGCUCUUUUAACUCAAAUUCAAUUUUUACAUGUAGAAUUGUAGAUAAAUGUGAUUGAAUUUUUAGUGGGUAUUUAUUUUAAGAAAAUUCUUUUCUUUGUGUAAUUUUUCUUUGUCAAGUUUGUUUGAAAUAUAAUUAUUAGGCAAUUUUCUGUGACAAAGGCAGCAUUAACUUAAAAAAUACAAUAUCAAAUGCUUAAAUGCUGUUCACAUUGGAUGAUCUAUAGAUCUGUUAACUGAAAUAUUAAUCCUAUGCAUGCAUGUGUAUUUGUAAUAUUUGAAACUACUUUUGAUUUUGUCCAGAACUAUAAAUUAUUAAAUCUUAUUACUAAUA